GCUCCUACUGAAGCUCGGUUUUCCGGUCAAGUAAUCUGCUUCUCUCUUUUUCCCUCUUUUUCUCCUUCGAGGGAUUUGGAGAAUUUCCAAUGGCUUCCAGGCUUUGCUUGCGAUUUGGAUCUCGUCUUCGUAGCACUCUCUGCAAUUCUCUGUCGAUCGGGGCUCCCUUUCUUUGCCAUUAUCGAAUCUCCACUUUUAAUUACUUCUCCUUCUGCUAAUCUUUCUAUUGCCCCUGUCGAAUUGCCCUUCUCAACUGCUGGAUUCCGAUAUCUAUUGACCCUCCGUCGCCAACCAGUUCCCAAACGAACAGUCGAUAUUGGUGCCAGAGCUCGUCAGCUUCAGAACCGCCGGCUUUGGACUUACGCACUUUACUUUCAGUUGCGUUGCCGGUUUCAUUGUGACUGUCAUAAACAAUUUCCAGGACCAGUUGGUCUUCUAUGUCACCCCAACAGAUGCCAUGGAGAAGUAUCUGGCAAACCCAUCGAAGAGCAAGUUCAGGUUAAGUGGAUUGCUUGUCGAAGGAAGCGUCACUCAGCCCGCUCUGGGAUGGAGUUUGUAAUCACAGACUUGAUCACGGAUAUCUUGGUACGGUACGAGGUUUCACUUCCUGAUUUGUUUAGGGAAGGGCACUCUGCAAUUGUUGAGGGAUUCGUUCGUCUAUUUACGGAUGAGACAAGGGAGGAGUUGUCUUCGGCCGGGAAGCAUGUUUCUGCGAAGGCUAGGAGUGGGGAUUGUUACUUUGCUGCAGCUGAGGUGCUCGCUAAGCAGGACUAGAAGUAUAUGCCACAGGAGGUCGCGGGCCAUAGAGAGGAAUAAAGCUCAAACAGAGGCCGCAUCCGAGCAAGGAAGAGCCAGUGUGAGUUGAUUCCAAGGUAACAAUUCUUUUGCAAGCUAUAUUGUCCUUACUACAGAGUAAUGGGUCAGUAGCUAGUUAAUGAUAGUGUAAAAGUGUAGUUUUAGAUGGCAAUAUAUGUCUACUGGAGAGGAGAGGCAUGGUUUUUUAUCACACACAGUUGUUUUUUCAUUUUUGUUAUUAUAAUGCGGAAUCCAAUGUUUCUGCUCUCCUCAUUCUUUUUUUGUCUGGACAAAACAAGCAAGACAAUAUAUGACUAGUUCCUAAUUGCUAAUGAAAUAAAAAGGAUGUUGUUCUCAGAAGGUGUUUUUGCACACUUGUUUGUGAUUUGCAAUGAGGAACCUUGUGAAGACUUUGUUGUUUUGGUUGGAACACAUCUUGUAAUAUGCUUGUUCAAGAACAGCUUUAUGAUCAAUAUUUAUUUGAGAUCCUGAUUGUGUUCUUGAGACAAAUCAUUUGGCAUUAGGCUUGUGAUUUAUGUUUUUUCAAUUAAUAUAUGAAGCCGUAAAAAGUUUUUAUUUUUUUUAUUAUAUAUAUAUAUAUUUAAACUCAGUGUUAAGUAAAUAGACAGUUGUACAUGCUACACAGACCAAGAAUGAAUCUCCUAUAAUGCUGUUCUAUUGACCUAGAAUUUAGAUAAGAUAAUACAUGGGUUAUCUAGAAUGAUAAAAGGCUCACAUCUUCCAAUUUAGAAGGUAUGAUUAAUUGGAUGGGGUACUGUGAUACCCUACUUUCUAAACCCAGUCUAAUUAACUGCAUUAACUUGGUUUGAUCAUAUAGGGGUUGAACCGGAAAGAACCGACGUAGGUACCAUAUGGAAUGUGGUAGCAAGAGUGACCUUGAACUCGGGUUGGCCUGACAUGACCAAACGGGUACCAAGGGUAAUAUGUGCACCCAAGCCUUGCACUUGCAAGCACCACGAGGCCAAGUACAGAAAGGAAAUAUAUGUACUAGUAUUGGCGGGUGCCAAUAUAAUCUAAUAUUAUGUGGGGGGGUUUAUGCCCACCUGAGAUAGCCCACCUGAGAUUAUACCCACAUGAGAUUUAAUCCACCUGAGAUAUACCCACCUGAGAUAUAUCUACCUGAGAUCUAGCCCACCUGAGAUAGCCCACCUGAGAUUAUACCCACCUAAGAUAGCCCACUUGAGAUAUACCCACCUGAAAUUAUACUCAUCUGAGAUUUAAUCCAUUUGAGAUAUACCCACCUGAGAUUUAGCUCACCUGAGAUAACCCACCUGAGAUAGCCCACUUGAGAUAUACCCACCUGAGAUAUACCCACCUGAGAUUUAACCCACCUGAGAUAUACCCACUUGAGAUUAUACCCACCUGAAAUAUACCCACCUGAGAUAUAUCAACCUGAGAUUUAACCCACCUGAGAUAUACCCACAUGAGAUUUAGAAGAUAUUUUGGGGGCCCAAGUAUAAAAGGGGGAGACAUUAACUGUCUUUUCCCUCAUUAAUUUUAGUUGGUCGAUGGGAGAGUAAAGAAGAGAGAGAAAGAAGAAUAAAGGAAAAGAGGAAGAAGAAGAAGAAAGAAAAAGAAAAAUCGACCGUAGAGCUUCAUCGGAGCUGGGUCUUGGUAUUCUGAGCCCAGAUUUAUGAUUAGCUCGUUGAGGUCUUCGAUUUGAGGAUUUAGAAGGAGUAUUGGUGAAGAUCUAGAGUAUUUGGAGGUUCUUGAGCAAAAGA